AUGGCUAUUGUGAUUGCGAGAGAAAUGAGGGAUGGCGCCUUCCUUUACCAUCUGGCAGUUGAAAACAAAAGUGUUUCCAGGUACAGGGUUGUUAGGCUCAUCCAAGGCGUAUUUACGAAAGUAGCAGGGAACUUGACCAUCAAGUUUGAAAAAAGCUGGCCAACCCUGUGUCACUUUCUUACGCCAGGAGAAAGGGAGAUCAAAGAAGUAGAGGGCCGAUACGCGAAGGAUCAAAUCAUAGAGAUAGCGGAUCUUAAGAGGCGUAAGAAAAGGAACAUCAGCAAAAAUCCACCAGACAAGAAACUUAAUUCUGCACUGCUGCUGAGUCGUCAGACUUAUCCACCAAGGGAUUCGUGGAAUUUCUAUGGAUUGCCGCCCUCUUUUGGGUAUGCAGGUACUAAGGGUCCUCUUACUACCAACCAACAGACAUCAUCUGACUGGGUCUUGUCGGGGAGAUCAGAGCAACAGGGAAUGCCUAGACGAUGUUUUUCUUCCUGGGCUGCAGUAAGUAGAUCGAGAGGUCGUUCCGCCCCUUGUAACCGAAUAUGGGAAAUAUGUUCUCAUAAAAUCUUGCUCCAAUCUGACCUAGCUGGCGAGCGAUCCCAGUUCACGACAGAGAACAAGACAACAAGCGAGCGUACUUUUGUUCGCUUCUUCUCCACAAAGCACAGAAAUUUAAGGAUAACUGUAGGUCGGUGGCUACCUAAGGAAACUCCGAUUCGAUCCUCCCCCUGGUUGGGAGGCAUCUACCUCAUCCCGAUCACAAGGAGAGGUUCACUAUGA